CCAAAUUCGACGUUCCUAGUCCCAACUUACAUGACGCAGGAAGAAUUCCUGGCCCUGCAAAUGACGAAUGCGUCUGAUGCAAACACAACACUGAACGACACGACGAUAAAUCAAGUCGUGUUGAGAACUUGGUAUCCAAGUGGUUAUUCACCAGCUCACAUAAUCAUAGCGUCUGUGGUGGUGACCGUUCUGAUGAUAAUGGUCGUGGUGGGAAACAUGUUGGUGAUAAUAGCAAUAGUGACUGAAAAAGCGUUAAAGAAUAUACAGAACUGGUUCAUCGCGUCAUUAGCGGUGUCGGACUUUUUUUUAGGACUUGUAAUAAUGCCAUUCUCUCUAGCGAACGAGUUAAUGGGUUAUUGGAUUUUCGGUUUCUGGUGGUGUGAAAUACAUUCGGCGAUGGAUGUGUUGUUGUGUACAGCGUCGAUAAUGAAUUUGUGCCUCAUAUCGCUGGAUCGCUACUGGAGUAUAACGCAGGCUGUAGAUUAUCUUAAGAAGCGAACGCCAGCACGUGCGGCGCUGAUGAUAGCCGCGGUUUGGCUGAUGAGCGCUCUCGUGUGCAUUCCACCGUUACUGGGCUGGCGCGUUACGAGACCGCCCGAGCAGUUUCCACAAUGCAAGGUUUCCGAUGACAUCGGCUACGUGAUAUACUCGGCGCUGGGCAGCUUUUACAUACCGUCCUGCAUAAUGGUGUUCGUGUAUAUACGAAUAUACUACGCUGCCAAGGCGAGGGCGAGACGAGGUAUACGAAAAAACCCAAGGCCGAGACCGAACGAACAACAGACGAGCUUCACAAACGCGCCGAAAGGCACGCGGCCGAUGCCGACGACAUCAACUAUAUCUAUUCCACCCGGUAUAGAUGCUAACAAUUCUAAUAAUAAUAGGGAAAGUCAAAUAUCAACAAUAGAAACGCAACAGGUACCUAUACCGACGGUUACGUGUGACUUCGCCUCCGACAUAUCGACUAGUGAAGCGGGGGACGUAGCACUACAACCAGACGAGAGGAAAGACACGUUAAAGGUGGUAACAUCAGCGCAAGUAACAAGAAACCCCUUAGCUGCGUGUCCUUAUAGAAGUUCAACGCUCUCCGUAAAUGGAGAACUUCAGCUGCAAUCCCAGAGAUGUAGAGCACCAAGCGUAGCCAUAGACACAGAUAUGGUAUCCGAACUGGAACCAUCGUCAUCAGACUCCGGUGUCGUGUCCCGUUGCGCUGUAGUCAAACCUCUUAAGUUAAGAAUAUGCCAGCCAAUUUUCGGCAAAAAGAGUGACUCGUCACGGAAACAAGAAAAAACUCAACCAACAAAAGCUGAACUGGAACCAGCUUUACCAAAACAGCAUAAGCCACGUGAUCCAGAAAGAGAAAAGAGAAGAUUAGCGAGAAAGAAAGAAAAGCGAGCGACACUUAUAUUAGGUUUAAUAAUGGGUAGUUUUAUAGCAUGCUGGCUACCUUUUUUCUUCCUUUAUAUCUUGAAGGCUGCGUGUAGAAGAUGCGUCAUACCUUCGAGUGCAUUCGCGAUAGCAUUCUGGUUGGGUUAUAUGAACUCUGUCUUAAAUCCUGUAAUAUAUACGAUAUUCAACAAAGAUUUCAGACGAGCUUUUAGAAGGAUACUGUUUAAGUGAUGUUUAGCCUACCUGUGCUGCUACCGGUGUGUCGCCAACAGAAUCAUGCUGGCCCAACAACGAGCAGCGCCAGGUCUUUACAAUGUACGUUGAUCAAAUCACUAUCAUUACCUUGA